AUGACGCAUGGUGCCUACCACCCCCACGUGCAGCCGCAACCGUACAAUAGCUAUACCUUCCAGUCAGCGCUUGGCGUGGACCAAAACUCGUUCAACAGGAAACGGCGUGGCAAUCUUCCAAAAGAGGCAACGGCAAUUCUCAAGAAAUGGUUCCAGGAUCACCGUGACUCUCCUUACCCUACCGAGGACGAGAAGAUGGACCUAUGCCGAAAGUGCGGACUCACUCUAAAUCAGGUCUCCAACUGGUUCAUCAAUGCCCGACGACGUGCUCCGGGAAGAGAACAGCGUGACGCCCGCGAAAUUGCUGAAAGCUCUGGUUGA